AUGGAAAGCAAAGAUCCAGAUCCAAUAGACUACCUGACAGUGGUAACUGGUAUAUCAUCAAAUCAUUACAGUGAAUCCCUGGAUAUGAUUGGAACUGUGCACUAUUAUCUACCAAACUCAGAUCUACUGAUUUAUGAUCUUGGCCUCAAGCAUUAUCAAGUAAAAGUACUACAAAAGCUAAGGAACACAUAUGUCAUACUGUACAAUUAUUCACGUUAUCCUCAAUAUGAUAACAACGUGCCUGUUUUUAUGGGUUGCUAUACUUGGAAAGUUCACAUACUCCACGAAAUAAAAAGAGAGCACCAAGAACUACGCAGUAAAUGGAACAGUAGAUCCAACCAACUGUUUUUAUGGCUAGAUGCAAGUUCACGGAUUGUAAAGCCAAUGGACUCUUGCAUAAAGACUCUGAAAUCAUUUCCAUUGGUGUCCAGAGCAAAGCACUUACCAGAACACAACAUAGUAGCAUUUGCAAAGGACAGCACAUUAAGGUAUCUUAACAUAACAAGAGAAAGCAUGAGAGGUGUCCCAGGUUUAACAGCCAAUAUUCUGUUAUUGAACAAAAGUAACCCCAUAGCUCAGUUCCUUUUGGAGAAAUGGGUAGAUUGUGCAUUCCAUCGUGAAUGUAUCUGUGGUGAUGGUUUGCCGCCUUAUUUAUGUGGAUUGAUUGGAGGAAUACCAAAAGGAACAGUGGAAUAUAACGGCUGCCAUCGCUAUGACCAGACAGCAUUAAGUCUUCUGGUUGCUAAGUAUUUUGGUAAAAGCCAAGAAGUUACUUCGGAAGACUGCUCUAGCACUUUUCAUGUAGAGAGAAGACCGACAAUGAAUUGGAGACGAUACAUUACAUUAAAGAAACAUUAA